GCUUCCGCUCGGUGCCCGAGAUCAGCUUCUUGUUUGGCUUGAUGGACACGGAGGUCGUGCGCAAGGUGCGCAAGCGCGCGCGCCGCGCGCAGGAGGACACGGCCGCGCAGGAGGCGCAGCCCACCGAGUACACGAACAAGAAGGACCGCAAGGACGCGCAGGCGCGCCGGCUCGAGGUGCUGCAGUCCACGCUGACCACGCUGGGCAAGCGCGAGCCGCGCCGCCGCCAGCCGCUCUUCGACGUGGUGAUCAACCCCAAGAGCUUCACGCAGACGGUGGAGAAUUUGUUUGACACGUCGUUCUUAGUGCGUAACAGCGCGGCGGAAGUUGGCAUUGAUGAGGAGACGGGGAUGCCCUACAUCUAUAACCACGAGGGAGAAGAGGACAAGAACUUGCCCCCGUCAACACAAAGCAUCAUCAGUAUCACGCCGGCGCAGUGGGAGCAGUUCGCUCAAGUAACUGGGCGCGAUGAGCCUCUGCUCGGCCACCGCACGUAGGUGGCUGGACAAUUGCGUCCAGCUUAUCAGGUGGUGCCUAUUGAUAUUUCCUUAAUUGCGAUCCUUUUAUUGCUACUUG